AUGGGUAGAGAUCACACUUCUAAACAACACGCCAGAUCUGGUCACAGAGAAGCUCCAAAGUCAGACAACGUUUACUUGAAAUUAUUAGUCAAGUUGUACUCUUUCUUAGCUCGUCGUACUGAUGCUCCAUUCAACAAGGUUAUCUUAAGAUCUUUGUUCUUAUCCAAGGUCAACAGACCACCAGUCUCUAUCUCUAGAGUUGCACGUGCUUUAGGUCAAAAGGGUGCUUCCGAUAAGACCAUUGUCGUUGUUGGUACCGUUACCGAUGACAACAGAUUAUUGGAAUUCCCAAAGGCUACCGUUGCUGCUUUAAGAUUCACCGCUGGUGCCAAGGCUACCAUCUUAAAGGCUGGUGGUGAAGCCAUCACUUUAGAUCAAUUGGCUUCUAGAGCUCCAAAGGGUCAAAACACUUUGAUCGUCAGAGGUCCAAGAAACGCCAGAGAAGCCGUUAGACAUUUCGGUAUGGGUCCACACAAGAACAAGGCCCCAAGAAUCCAAUCUAAGGGUAGAAAGUUCGAAAGAGCUAGAGGUAAGAGAAACUCCAGAGGUUUCAAGGUUUAA